AUGCUUUGGGUUUUAAAAGUACUUGUUACGGUUUUAGCCUUAAUUUCAUAUGAACAUGAGGUUAUAGCAGCUCCGUUUAAUCCACCAUACACUUCCAUAGUCGUUCCAGUUACUAAACGUACCGAUGCUGCUAAGCCUCUCUAUAGCAUCGAGAUCAUGACAACAUAUGUAAAUAUGCGUUACUUGACUGCAAACUUCCUUAUAGAUAUCGACGCUCCCUUCAUAUGGCACGACUGCAUCCUACAAUGGAACAGUUUUCCCGGAAGUUGUCCCGCCAACACGCUUUGCACCUACCCGGUUUCUUGUGAAGAAUACCAAUGCACCGACAUAAGAACUACUUAUUCAUAUAAGAUUAACCCGCCUUUUUGUCCACCAGUAACCAACAGUUCGACGUUACCUGGUUGGGGAUAUUGUACGUGCCUGGUCAAUGUGGUGAACCCGGUAACAGGAUCAUGUGCUCAACCCCUACUCAACUAUGAUGAUUUCACGGCCAACACAAGCAACGGUAGAAAUGUUUUCACUAGUUCAUAUUACGGUGCCAAUCCUAACGCUGCGUGUGCUCCUUCAUCUACUUUUCAAUCAUUCCCAGCAACUGUUACUGGUGUCAUGGCGUUUUCUUCCUCACCAUACGCCUUACCGGCUUAUUUAUAUCAACCACUUAAAAAAUCAUUAGCUCUAUGCUUGCCUAGCAUCUUGUCCACUCCUGGGGUUCUGUUUUUCGGAAGUGGUCCUUAUUACCUUCUUCCUCAAUCGGACGUUGAUGUAAGGAGUUACCUUUCUUUUACACCUUUAUUAAAGCAUCCAGGUUCAUUUGGAUACUUUAUUCGUGUCAAUUCAAUUGUUAUAAGGAGAAGAUCUAUUGCUAUACCCACGAAUCUCGCUACCAAGCUUAGUACAAUCGACCCAUACACCGUUCUUAGAACUGACAUCUAUAAUAGCAUGGUUCAAAUAAUUUCUUUCUAUACAAUAGGAGUCCCUCGUGCAAGUCCAGUCGCACCUUUUGGACUUUGUUUCAGGACCUUCACCCCGUUCGUAUUAAGGGUCAUUCCUGAUAUCGAUUUGAUCCUCCCGAAUGGGGUGAAGUGGACUAUAUACACCUCUAAUUCCAUCAUACAAAUAUCGAGAGACGUGGCAUGCCUAGCGUUUGUUGACGGUGGCGCGUCAUCAGAACAUGCGAUCGUGAUCGGGACAUAUCAACUUGAGGAUAACUUCCUGGAGUUUAGUUUAGAAAAUUCUACUUUCGGGUUUAGUUCUUCACUGUUACGUCAGCGAACUUCUUGUGCAAAUUUCAACUUUACUCUGAUCAAUAGCAUCUGA